AACCCACAGACUCCAGUUCCCUGUUGGUGUGAGGUGGUACAAUGAAGGGACGAUGGCUGCCUGCAUCAGAGUAAUAUGGAUGAAAAUGACCACCUUGACAGCCGCUAUUUAUGAUGGGUCUGUUCUCCUGAACGCGUUCUUUGCCAAAACACAGUAAUCUCCCUGUUUCGUCCCAUCUGUAGAGAUCAAGUGUUGUGUUUGCAUCAGUCUGCUAGCUCCGUGCUAUGAUUCUAUCCACAUCAACUCUGUUUAAUUGACCUGACCGAUAUCACUCAUAACAUGGCCAUCACACAGUUUCGCCUUUAUAAAAUAUGCGCCUGCUUGGCAUCUAUUCUGUCAUUCUUGAAAAGACUGAUUUGCAGGGCUGGAAGGUCACGCAAGCUAAGCGGGGAUCAGAUCACCCUUCCGACCACAGCUGAUUAUUCCUCUGCACCAAAACAGCUGGAGAUUGAGGAGUGGAGCUCAUGGGAUGAGGACGCUCCCACCAGUAUCAAAAUUGAAGGCGGUAACGGGAUAGUUCCACCCUCACAGAAUGAAGCUGAAGAAGAAGAGCCAGACUACUUCAAAGACAUGGCUCCCACCAUCAGGAAAACACAAAAGAUUGUCUUGAAGAAAAGGGAACCUCUGAAUUUCUCUAUGCCAGACAGCUCCUCAGGUUUCUCCAGCCGACUAGCUGCCACUCAGGACAUGUCCUUCAUCCAGCCCUCUGCAGAGCUGGGGGACCUUGACACCUGGCAGGAGGACACCAAUGCCUGGGAGGAUGAGGCAGAUGCAGCCUGGGAGACAGAGGAAGUGCUGAGGCAGCAGAAGCUGGCUGAGCGAGAGAGACGUGCCAUGGAGCAACAGAGGAAGAAAAUGGAAAAAGAGGCACAGAGAAUGAUGAAAAAAGAGCAGAAGAUUGCUGUCAAACUUUCAUAACGUUAAUACAGCGCACCGGACACUCAGAGCAACAGCCAAACAACUGCUCAUAUUACAUUUUACCUUGUUUUGUCCUGCCCACCAUACUACUGUCUUCACCUCUUUGGGAUAUUUUUUAAUCCAUCAGCCACAUAAGGGAUUUUUGUUUUUUAUUUUAUUUUUUGGGCUUUUCUUUUUGUAUUGGACUGAACACAGCACAAAGAAGCUUCCCUUUUGUUUAAUGAGGUGUUGUGACUGUUCUUACUGUGCGCUUGAUGAAAGAUCGUUUUUUCCUGUCAGUAUUUAUAACACUUGAAUGAUUUCCAGAAAAACAUUUAGAUAAGGAAUUCCGUUCAUUUUUGUUUUUUUGUUUGCCUUUUUUCCUACCUGUUUUUCUUCAUCAAAGUCUUGUAAUUGUGCUUUAAACACUGGUCCUCAUCAGAAAUGGGUGAUAUCUCAAUAUUUCAGAAUAAUCCAAUUUAUGCAGUCUUGGGUUUCGCUCUCCACAUUCUAUUUAGAAUCUUUAGAGUCUUUCUAAUCUAUUACCAUUCUGUUUACCUGAUAAUCAUGAGCUUAAUUGAGAAUAAUCUUUCACGACCAUAUAUUUUGAUCUUGAUUUUUCCAAGACAAAAAUUUGAGUUAAGGCAUUAAUAAUUGUCAGUGUGAAUAGAGAGCAGAGAUAUUCAGUAUGUACUGAGGCUCAAAGAAAGCGCUUUUAAGAGACGUGGGUUGGUCAACAUGGAGACACAGAAAUUUUUUAAAUAUCCAAAUUGGCAACCAAACCAUCUUUUAUCUUUAGUAAGACUGUUUAUUGAGAAGAGCAUGGACUAAGAGAAAAACAUUCACAAUUUAUUUUAAAGCAAUUUCACCAGGGGAACGAAUUGUCUUUUGCUAUUAAAGAAUUUCUUAUCUCUUGAAUAUAAAUCAAUCAUGUUUAUUGAUAAAGUAAGGAUGAUGAUGAUGAUGGUGGUGCUGAAAUUAACUUCUGCAUGCUGUGAUUAUUAAGGAACAGGAAGCCAUGAGAGCCACAGGUACAGAUAAUGAAAAACUAAAUAAAAAAACAACUUUUGCUAUGAUUUAUGUUCCCCGCUCAUGCAUGCUCAUGCCUUUUUAAGUUGUUUUUAAAAAUUUUCACAGUGCAUCCUUAGCUGUAAUAAACAUUUCAGUUAUCUGUUCAAUGGAUUAUUUUAUUUGGAGGCUUUCAGAAUCUUCUACUGUCAUUUAUUCACCAAAAACAUGCUCUUCGUGCCAUGGUUAAGAUGAUGUCUUUGGGUCUCUGAACAUAAUCAGCAAUACAAGACUUUAUUCGAUCUGUUAGUACCCAGACUGUUAAAAAGUUUAAUCAGCAUCAUAGAGCUGCCUCUGGAAUACAUGGGCUAUUAUUUGUGAUAUUCAAGGUCAGACGCAUUGUCCGGACCGGAGGAAUAUUCCAGUUCUGAGAAUGUGAUGUCAUAAUCCCCAUCUGCCUCAGCAACGCCCCUCAGCCGACCAACCCUCCCACAACUUGACCCACUUAUACAGAGAGAGGAAAAUAAACCAUGACUGAAAUAUACAUUACGUGCUGUCUUCUGCAGCUAUGCGCAUCUUCACACCUGAUGGUUUUCACAUGAGUUUGUCUCUGUAAUCAAGAUUUUUGGAACAUGUUCAUUAAAUAAAAUGUAUGUGUUCAUUAAAUAAAAAGUAUAUAAACACUC